UCUUAGUACCCAAAUAAUUGCUUUCUGCUUUCAUUGGAUCCUAUGCUUUCAGCUUAAAUCCGUCGAAAAGGCACGUUUUCUUCAGUUUUGGUAUUGCUUUUGAACUUCAAAGGCGGUUUAAACUUUCGCCCACCAAAUGGUCUACGCUUUGACUGACUGGUAGUCGUGGUUGCUGUCUUUUGGUCCAAAUACAGUUAGCAGUCGAGCUGUCGAUGAUCUGUGUGUGGAACAGCUAAGUUUGGUAAUUUCGACUUUUGGGUUUUGUUCUUGAAGUGUUUUGAACUUGUGGGUUGUGUUUUUUUUUUUUUUUUUUUUUUUUGCUUGUUUCAGCGAUUCUGUGUCUUGUAUUUUGAGGUUCUGGAUAUUGGGAAGUGGUUUGUUAAGCGUUUGAGGUUUUUUGUUUUGGUGGGAUUUUGUUUGUGUUUCUUCACAUCCUUAAGUAGAAUAUUUGGAUUGUGGGAAUUGAAUUGUAAGUUAUUGCAGUUGGGUUUAGUUGGUGGCUUCAAUUCACGGCUUUUUUCAGAUUCAUGUGUUAGUGAAUUUAAGAAUAUGGAUAUGAGGAGCUGAGAUUAAGGUUGUCUGAGUUGGGGUUUGGUCGGUUUUUGUCGCGCAACCCCGUGCAUUAGGCGAAAUGGGGAGCAAUGGGGUUGACCAUCCAUUGAAACAUUUGGAAGAGGAAGGUGUCAGCAGCCAAGGACAGAGUUCUUUUCAGGGAGAGAGGAAGAAGAAGACAAAUUCUGCACGGCCCUCUUCGGUUUUAGAGAUUUUUCAAGAAAAAGAAUUCAAUGUUGGUUCUUCACCUCGGAGAGGUUUGGACCAUUCAAUCACAGCACCUAUUGGCACUCCCAAAGGUUUGCUGAUUGAGGAGCAUGAGAUUAGAUUCUCUAGAUCCAUGACGGAGAAGAAGGGAAGGCAUGACUUAAAGCUGGAUAGACUGUCAGAGCGUGAAAAGAAAAAACUAAUUGUUGAGAUGGUCAAGAUACAAAAUGAUGGAACAGUAGAAGUUGAUUUAGAAAAAAGUGCACCUGUUGCCUCUGAGUUGUUAGAGCUCCACUCUGUCGAAGAUGUGCCCAUCAAUCUUGAUGAGAUACCUUCCAAUACCAUCAAGUCAAUUCCAAGGUUGAAAAUUUGCAUACUUGUGGUUGGAACAAGAGGAGAUGUACAGCCUUUCCUGGCCAUGGCAAAGAGAUUUCAGGAGUUUGGCCAUCAUGUUAGGUUGGCAACUCAUGCUAACUUCAGUUCUUUUGUGAAGUCGGCUGGUGUAGACUUUUAUCCGUUGGGUGGCGAUCCUCGUGUUUUGGCAGGAUAUAUGGCCAGAAAUAAAGGUCUCAUUCCAUCCGGGCCAGCGGAAAUAUCAAUACAAAGAAAGCAACUGAAGGCAAUUAUUGAAUCUCUUCUUCCAGCAUGCACAGAACCAGACAUAGAAACUGGUGUACCAUUUAAGGCACAGGCAAUUAUUGCAAACCCUCCUGCUUAUGGACAUGCUCAUGUUGCAGAAGCUCUUGGAGUACCCCUUCAUAUUUUCUUCACAAUGCCAUGGACGCCUACUUAUGAAUUUCCUCACCCGCUGGCUCGUGUACCUCAAAGUGCUGGUUAUUGGCUUUCAUACAUUGUUGUGGAUUUGUUGAUAUGGUGGGGCAUUCGGGGAUAUAUUAAUGACUUCAGAAAAAAGAAGUUGAAGCUUCCUCCUAUUGCAUACUUCAGCACAUACCACGGAUCAAUAUCUCAUUUGCCUACAGGCUAUAUGUGGAGUCCUCAUGUUGUGCCAAAGCCAAGUGAUUGGGGAUCUCUUGUGGAUGUUGUUGGUUAUUGUUUCUUAAACCUUGGGUCGAAAUAUCAACCUCAAGAUGAGUUCGUUGAAUGGAUUCAGAAAGGGCCUAAACCUAUAUAUAUCGGCUUUGGAAGCAUGCCACUCGAUGAUCCCAAGAAAACUACUGAUAUUAUAUUGGAGGCAUUGAAAGAUACAGGACAGAGAGGAAUAAUUGAUAGAGGUUGGGGGGACCUGGGUAAUGUUACAGAAGCAUCUGAAAAUGUUUUCCUCUUGGAGGACUGCCCUCACGAUUGGCUAUUUCCUCAAUGUUCAGCAGUGGUUCAUCAUGGUGGUGCUGGGACCACAGCUACGGGAUUGAGAGCUGGGUGUCCAACAACCAUAGUGCCAUUCUUCGGCGAUCAGUUCUUCUGGGGUGAUAGGAUACAUGAGAAAGGCUUGGGGCCAGCACCAAUACCUAUUUCUCAGCUCAGUGUUGAGAGCCUGUCAAAUGCUAUUAGAGUUAUGCUGGAGGCAGAGGUUAAAUCUCGCGUGCUAGAAAUAGCAAAGUUGAUAGAGAAUGAAGACGGUGUUGCAGCUGCAGUUAAUGCAUUUCACCGGCAGUUACCUCCUGAGUUACCAUUGCAACCUGCAUCUUCAGAGGAAGAUGAGCCUCCAAACCCUAUGGUGUGGUUAUUUCUUCAACUAGAGAAGUGGUGCUGCCUGCCGUGUGGUGUGUAGGAUUCUUGCUGUGUCUUGUGCUGUUGUACAGAUACGUUUUUCUUUUUAAUUUUUUUUUUAUAUUCUCAUAUAAUUUAAUUUAGCGCUUCAUUCAUUUCAUUCAUGGUUUCCCUGUGUGGGUUUGAUUGAUAAAUUGUUUACAAGCUAAUGUAGGGUUUUCACAGCUUGUGUUAGAGUAUUACAAUAAGUCAAAUUUCGUUUCAGUUAGUAAAACUGACGAAGCGAGAGUAUAACCAUGCUGAACCAACUCAAUUAUUUUUAUCAAUUUUUCUAUAAUUUGCUUCA